GUCAGUAUGCAUUCGUCCGGAUACGCAUUCGUUCGUAGCGCGCGCCCUGCGCGUCCAUCGUGCGUCUUCUGCGUCGCUCGUUGGACACCUCGAGCACGCUCACGUCAGCUUCGCUGAUCGCGCGGCAUCGCGCGCGUGAAAAAAGUCGAAAGUUUGAGAAGAAACGCGCGCUCGUGUUGCGUUACGAUGCGAUUGGAGUCCGCGCGUUAUUCCUCGAGAUAUCGUCGAGGAGCCUCGUCGAGCAGAGUUUGCUGAGAAUCGGACAGUUGCGAGAUCUCAGCAAGUCGUACGACUCGCGACUCGCGGCUCCCACGUGGCUCCCGAUACAACGCUCUCAUGACCGGGAGCAGCGAGCAAGUAUCAACAUGAUAAUUUCAUAUUUACUUUUGUCGUGAAUUCGAAGCCGAAUUCACACAAUUCCACGUUGGCCCGCCGCGCCGCCGCCGAGCGGCAAGCUGAUACUUGCCGCUGAUACUUGCAAGCUGGACUUGCUCUCAGCUCGAUCUCGACCGCGUGUGUCAAGAAUAUAAUUCUGGCGGACUCUGGUCGACGCGAUCAGUUUUGAUUAAACUGGGCGGCGAUAUAAUCUUUCGACGGGGCAAGGUUGGCGCCCCCCCCCCCCCUUCGCCCCGUCAUCGUCGGAGCGAUAUCGUUGCCGAGAACCCGAAGAACCCGAAGAACCCGAAGAAGAAGAAGAAGACCAGGCGUUUUCGUAACGUGCGCGCGCGAGAAUACACAUCGCGGGCAACACUCCCGGGUGAGCGGAGUUGCGUGAGAGCGGAUAAAAACGUCGCUUCGCGAUCUCGGCGGAAGCUGUGAGGUCUCUUCGAAGGUGCUCGGCCGGCCGGAAGUGAUCGUCGUCGCAUGUGAGAGAUCCGCUGCAGCGCAUCCGAGAAUGUUCCAACUGCGAGCGGCAAAGCGUGUGAAAAGCCUCGCGAGUGGAUUUGUUAAGCAGAAGAGAGAGAAGGGCAACCCUACUUUUCAAACUUGAGGACGGAGGGAGAAAGGGAAACUUUCUUCGAGUAUUCUCGGAGGUAAACAGUCCUGCCGAAGGCAGUGUGCGUCGGCUGGCCCACGUGGGAACUUCUUACGAAGUUGCAAAUUUUACAAUCCACGUGGGUGACUCGCAAAGUUUUCUCAAGAGAGGAGGAGCAGGCCGAGAGAUCGGUGACGAGAGCGCUGUGCGACGAACUGAAUGGAAAAAGUCCGUCACUCGAACUGAAGGUUCGCCGACGAGGACAUGAUAAAUAUUUUUUGUGGCGAGUUGUUUCUUUUUAUUUUUGUGGUGAGAACGACACGAUACGACAUCGAUACCGACGUCGGGGAUCGAUAAUAAGUCGCAUGCUCGCGGCGACGAUAUGAAACGAAAAAAUAUAUCCUCGUGCCAUCCAAUGUCCGCCGUCCAGCAUAUGCCGAUACAAGAUCUCAGUCGGAUUGGAUACGGGGCGAUUAACGGUGUGAGUGCUCAGAAUGCGAAAGUUCCCCAACAAGCUACCCAUUCGGGUGUCUCGUCGCAACUCGUUAAUUGGGUGUACUUGGCCGUCGCCGAGCAAAAUCCAUCGCAAUCGUCCGAUCAAAGCACUAGGUUACUACCGUCCAUGUGGAGCAAUUUUCCGACGAUGACGUCACAGCCUUAUAUACAAAGCACGGUGCCAAGGUGCCAAAGCACGUUGAAUCCGUCCGUACCCAUCAGGCCCAUGAGAAGUAACACAAUAGACAGCAUGGCGGACCUAACUGAACAAUUUACCGAGUUAACUGUAGCCGAUAGAAGACGGGCCAAGAGACCUCCGCCGGCAUACCUGUGUCAUUUGUGCUUUAGGAAAGGACAUUACAUCAAGGACUGCCCGCAGGCACGACCGAGGGGCGAGGGACUGACGCCGUACCAGGGUAAGAAGCGAUGCUUCGGCGAGUACAAGUGUCCGAAGUGCAAGCGCAAGUGGAUGUCGAGCAACAGCUGGGCCAAUAUGGGCCAGGAAUGCAUCAAGUGUCACAUUAACGUAUACCCGCACAAGCAGAGACCGCCGGAGAAGCCGGAUGGAUUGGACGUGUCCGACCAGAGUAAGGUUCACCCCCAGCAUCUCUGCGAGAAGUGCAAGACGCUUGGUUAUUAUUGCAGACGUAACCAGUUGUGAACCCAGACUUGGAAUAAAGCAAUUUGGAGCUACGUCGUUGACGACGUGCUCAUGUAUUCACUCGGUUCACUUUUUCUUCUUUCGAAUCCUCAAGCUCGAGAACGUAUGAUGCGCGUGUAUAAAUCUAUUAUUCGAUAUAUAUUAUUUGCAUAUGUACAUACUGACUUCGACGUCGACGUCGCGUCGACGAGUCGAAAAGUUUAGAAAUUGAAAGCUACAGGACAGCACCGGUAUCAUCCGAAUAUCAGCGAGAGUUCAUUUCGAUCGCGUAACAAACGUACGAAAUGAACUCUACAGUGAGUUCUGCAUAAUAACGUACAAGUCACGAGCUGCAAACAGUCUGAAGUGUGUGUGUGUGUCAAACUUUUACAUUCACUUGUACCCGCUAAAUGCCUAGGAAAAAUUUGUAAGAAUGUCGACGGAUUAUUUUAUUAUAAUUCGCAACAGCAACGACGAGGAAUUGAUCAAGUUUCAAUUCGAAUUCGCAAUUUGGCUUACACACAUUUGGCUGCUCGAAGAGUUCCCUUCGCGCAUGAUGUAAAGUUCAAAUGAUAAUGAUGCAGUAUUGAGGACUACGGCUGCGUUCCGGUAUCCGCUAGAAA